AUGGCAAGAGGGAUUCAGGUUAUGAUCACGGUCGUCUUUUUCUUGGGAUUGAUCUUCGUCUCGUCGGCUCAAUCCCAAGACCAAGAAGCCGAGAACCCUCAAGCUUUCCACCCCAAGGAAUGCCUGGGCGCGAUCAAGAGUGUGAAGGGAUGCGCGGAAGGGAUCAAGGGAAUAUUCCACGGCCAUUUCGGCGGGCUGAAGGCAUCUUGCUGCCGUACGCUCAACGGUCUUUCCGACAACUGUUGGCCUUCCGUGUUCCCCGGGAAGCUGUGGCUGCGCGUCACCAUUAAGCUGUUCUGUCUGUUUAAGAACAUGAACUUGGCACUUCCCGAGUUGCAGGAGGAUUUGUAG